UGCCCUGGCCUGAAGCGGGCGCAGAAUCCGCUAACGAAUUGCUUAAAGUUCCAUUCGAAUUCCAUAGAUCCUUCCAGGCAUGGUGCUCAUCCUGUUUGGCACGGAGCUGAGUCCGCCGGUGCGCGCUGUGCUGUUGACGCUGCGCGCUCUGGGGCUGGAGCACGAGUUCCGGCCGGUGGAUUUGCUGGCUGGCGAGCAUCUGGAGGCGGAUUAUGUGCGCAAGAAUCCGCAGCAUACGGUGCCCCUGCUGGAGGAUGGCGAGGCAUACAUCUGGGAUUCGCAUGCCAUAAUUGGCUAUCUGGUGCAGAAAUAUGCCACGGAUGAUGCACUGUAUCCGCGCGAGCCGCUGCCUCGCGCCAUUGUCGAUCAGCGCCUGCAUUUCGAGUCGGGCGUUCUGUUUGUCAGCUUCAAGGAGCUGCAGCGCCUGCUCUUCCAGGAGCACGCCACGGAGCUGCCCAAGCAACGCAUUGCCCAGCUGCACGAGUCGUAUGCGCUGCUCGAACAGUUUCUGGCCGGGCACGCCUAUCUGGCCGGCGAGCAGCUGACCAUUGCCGACUUCAGCAUUGUCGCCACGCUGAGCACCUUGGAUCUGUGCUACGCGCCGCUGGAUCCACAGAAGUAUCCCAAGCUGAGCGCCUGGCUGGCACGAAUCUCGGCUCUGCCCUACUACGAGCAGGCCAAUCUGCAGGGAGCGCGUCGCCUUGCCGACCUGGUGCGCGCCAAGCUGCCCAAACAGUUUGACAAGCUCUGGCAAAAGGCUUUCGAGGACAUCAAAAGCGGCGCCGGCAAGCAGUAAAGUAAUCACAGCCUAUAAUGAACGCAUUUUACCUU